GCCGAUGCCCCGUUGCCGCUAAAUCGUUGGAAGCAUAUUGGGAUACAAGCGCUCGUGGCUUGACGACGUGAAAGCUGUUUGCUCUGCAAGUUUACUUGUUUCCUGAGAAUUCCAAAUUUGGAAUCAGUCAUUUAUCAAAAUGAAAAGCGAUAAAAAGGGCGAUUUUGAUGCCAUCGACAGUUCCAGUUCCACUGGUAGUACAAAUAGCGUGGAAAAGAUGAAGCGCAAUCUGGACACCCAAGGGCGUGAAGGAUGGGGUGGCAAGAUGGACUUCAUCCUCACCUGCAUCGGGUAUGCAGUCGGCCUCGGCAACAUCUGGAGAUUUCCCUAUCUGUGCUACAAGAGUGGUGGAGGAGCCUUCUUCAUCCCGUACAUCAUCUUCCUGGUGCUGUGCGGCAUCCCUCUGUUCUUCAUGGAGGUCACGUAUGGUCAGUUCUCCAGCCUCAGCCCGGUGGCCAUCUGGAGAAUAUGUCCACUCUUCAAAGGUGUUGGUAUCGGCAUGGUUAUCGUAUCGGGCAUUGUGUGCGUGUACUACAACGUCAUCGUGGGAUACACCGUCUACUACCUCUUCAUGUCAUUUAGGGCAACACUGCCGUGGAGCCACUGUAACAACGAGUGGAACACAGAAAACUGCGUGGACAGCAAGAACUACGGCAACACCUCAACUAUCAGGAACUACAUCAUCAACAACUGUCUAGAUGGGAACGCGACGGUCGUGCCGAGUGAAUUAUCUGGCCUUGUCCCUAGCAACUCUUCUGAAUAUUAUAUAGAACAGACGUUCUACGGUGCUGGCAAAGUGUGCUCCAACCAGAGCUUCUCUGACCUUCUCGAGAGCCUCAACACAACAGACAAGAGCAUGUCGGCCAGUGAACAGUUCUGGGAGCACCAUGUGCUGGAGCUGACCAAUGGUAUAGAGGACAUAGGGACCCUGCGAUGGCAGCUGUUGAUUUCCCUCAUUGUUGCCUGGCUGUGUGUCUUCUUCUGUCUCUUCAAAGGGGUCAAGGUCCUUGGAAAGGUGAUGCACUUUGCGGCUCCUUUCCCUUACCUGGUGUUGACGGUGUUGCUCAUCCGAGGUGUGACGUUACCAGGAGCGAUGGAGGGUAUCAAAUACUACAUCAUACCCCGGUUCGAGAAACUGGCCAACUUCCAGGUUUGGGGAGAUGCAGCACUGCAGAUCUUCUACUCUGUCGGCAUGGCGUGGGGCGGUAUCAUCACCAUGGCCAGCUACAACAAGUUCAGCCAUAACGUGUACAGGGAUGCUAUGAUUGUCCCACUGAUCAACUGUGGCACGAGUAUCUUUGCCGGUUUUGUGAUCUUCUCUGUUCUUGGGUUCAUGGCUCAUGAAGCCGGAACGACCAUGGAAAAGGUCGUAACACAGGGUCCUGGUCUGACGUUUGUUGCAUACCCUGAGGCCAUUGCUAAACUGCCGAUCUCUCCGCUGUGGGCAGUGCUAUUCUUUCUUAUGUUGUUUACCAUUGGCUUGGAUAGUCAGUUUGGAAUGUUCGAGACAAUGUUGAGUGGAGUCAUUGAUGAGUAUCCCAAAUACCUGAGGAACAAGAAAGUCCUGGUGACGGCAGCUUGCUGCUUCUUCGAGUUCAUUAUUGGACUACCCUUGAUAACACAGGGAGGUAUCUACAUCCUGCAGAUCAUGGACUGGUACUGUGCCAGCUUCUCCCUUAUGCUGAUCUCCCUCACCGAGUGUCUGGCUAUCUCCUGGUGUUACGGUACUGAUCGGUUCUGCAAGGACAUUGAGCUGAUGAUUGGCUACCAGCCCCAUCGGUGGUGGAAGUACAUGUGGAAGUAUGUCACUCCCUCCGUUAUUUUGUUCAUCUGGUUGUUCAGUGUGAUUACUCUCGGCCCCGUGACGUACGGAGACAAGGAGUAUCCCCAGUGGGCUAUCGUUGUCGGCUGGUCGUUAGGGAUUAUCUCCGUCCUGCCAAUUCCUAUCAUGAUGGUGGUUCAGAUGUACUUGGCAGAAGGAACGCUAAUGGAAAGAUUCCGGAAACUUACCAAGCCAUCUCCAGAAUGGGGUCCAGCAUUGACAGAAAAUCGGCUGCGAUACUACGAGUCGUUGGGGCUUGAUGACCCGUCAUCUGUUCAAUCUGUACUCCCGUCUAACGAAACCAGUCACGAAUCCAAAUCACCGGAACACUUGCCAGAACAGUUUGCAUUAUUGCCGCAAAGUGAAAAGGCAUAGUCACUAGUCUCUAACGCUUAGGUACAGAUGGGCACAAGUGUUGUCAUGGCAAUCAGAAAUGUUACCAUGGCAACCUGUUGUAUUUUGUCAGUAAAACAGUAUGAAGAGAAAAAGCUAAGAUACUGGUGAAAUUGACUAUGACGUGGCGCCAAACCAAAUUUGUGAAGAAUUCCCCCACUUGCAUCGACAAUAGUUGUACAUAGAAGCUGGGUAUAUAUUGUUAUGCACAUCCCAGAACGGAGUGGGUAUCCUGUUGCAGUACCGAUGUUGAGGGCGUGAACUGUGACUUGCAUCUCUCUUCCCCCUCCUCCAGGAGCGGGUUUCGUGUUGUGUGGACAAGUGUGUUCUCGGCAGUGUGAGAGUUGUAGCAUUUGGCCUAAUUAAGUUUGGAGUCUUAAAGACAGUUAUGUUACUUCAUAAUUAUUUACUAGAAGAAUUUACAAGAAUGUUAUUAGAAAGGACUUCAAGUAUAAUUCCUAGUACCUUUACAUAAUAUGUACAUGAAAAGAACUCACCUUGCUAUGUAACUUCAUAUUAGUGCUUUUGAACAUAUAAUAUUAAAUAAGAUAUCCUUCUUAUUUAACUAAUAACUUUAUGUAAAAUUUAUGCAAAUUUGUAAGUGGUCGUAACUAUUACUAAUUAAUAACAUAAUCAGGAACUAAGAAAAAGAUUGACAGAAUAAUAUUAAAUGUUUUUCCGCUUUUAGAAUUUUGUGUCCACUUUUAUGACCUUGUGUUUUCAGUUAAUAUCUUUUUUGGAACAGAAUUUACAAGCUAUAUAAUUAGUGACAGCUGCAAAUUUAAGGUAUUUGUAUCAUGGCAAUUCUUAAGUUCUUCAUCAUUGUAGGAACAAUUAUUUUCAUCACAUGUUUGUAUGAAACACGCUUUGUGCACAUCUAUGUAAGUACCGGUAGGUAAGUGCAGCAAUGCCUGAAGUGACUAGUAUUAUUGAAGAAAAUCAAAUGACCCAUAAAUCUUACUCUGUUUUGAGUAGAAGUAUUUAUGAUCAUGGAGAUGUUUUCUAUAACUGUGUUUGGAGCCAUCUCUCUAUCUCGCUGUGCACACAAUUGUAUGUAUGUUGUGCUUUUGGGUUAUGGUCAGUUUUGAUAUUUAUUCAUUGAAUAUUAUCCAAAGAUCUGGGAAAUUUGUAUUUCUGGAAUAAUAAUCAAACAUACCUCCAUAGCUUACACACAGCUUAUGUAUGUUAAAUGAAAUUUGAUAGUCAAAUUUUGAUGUGCCAAAUUGUUUUACUUAGCGUCCAGCAUUUCCUUCAUGAAAAUACCUUUUUUACAUAAAGGUUAGGUUGAUGAACCUUCUCCGGAACUAACUGUACUCUGUUAGAUAGGAGCUAGUUUUAUUUUAUGGGUUUAUGUUCCAAGUAAUAAUCCAUCUUUUUAAAGAAAUUAUGAAACGGUAUUGCCAAUUAUUGCAUUAUCUCACCAUUUCUUUGUCUCAUUUACAUAAUAUAUUACAAUUUAUAUUAUCAAUUCUUUUCAAGAUCAUUAAAGUUUUCUGAAAUAUCUUUAUUAGAAUGUGACAUCUAGUAAUAUUGGCCUGAUAUAUCUGGCACACCCAACUUGUUAACCGUCAUGUUAUACAACAGUUGUCUUUGUGUAUACAUUUAGUACGGUGCUAAACAAUAAAAGGUGGUGUGUAUAUGCUGCUGCUGCUGCCUCCUCAGAAAGAUCCUAAUGUCUUGAUGGCGGUUAGCUGAUGCCUUGAUGCAGAUAUAUGUUCACAAAGUCCAGUUGCAUCUUUACUGUAUCCUGUAUGUGUGUGAAUGUAUGAAUGUAGGUUAUGUAGAUGUGUUGCUUGUUAAAUUGCCUACGUAAAACAAGCCUAUCAUUGUUUGAGAGCUGUUUUCUUUGAACAUUUGUUGAUUUUUAGUUGAAAGUAUGUUAAUUUAGCGUUACAGUAACAAAGUGAUUUUUCAAAAGCUCAAUCUCCCUGCUUGCAGAUUAUUGAUGAUGCGAUGAGUACAUGUCCGCUGUAUAUAAUAAGGAAUCAAUGCAAUAACAAGUACCAUCGUCCAACAAGCAUGUCUACAUGUAACAACUAUCACUCUACAGUUGUUGCUACCAAAACAAUAUGAUUUUGUCAGAUUUAAAUUGAUUGUCAACAUUUGUCAAAUAUGAAAAAAAUAUAUUAAGAUGUGUAUAUUUUAAUAUUUAUGGUUGAUUUAAAGAAAUUGAUAGGUUAACACAAUUAAUGAAUUCUUAAUCAGUUCUAAGGAUUUUUUCUUCCACAUGCAAUUGAGGAAUUUUAUAGAUCUCAGAAAUCUUUAUUUAGCAUUUUGUGUUUUAUUUUGCUAAUAAACCAUUUUCAUCAUGACAUGGUCAUAUCUUAUCAUCCUUCACACUCAUGUUAUAUAUAUAUCUCAUGUCAGUUGUAUAUUUUACUGCAUACUUGCUAGAAUUACUUGACUUCAUUGUGUAUGUAGCCAGACAUCUUGAGAAAUGAUUUUUAAUGAUGUUGAUAUAAGAUUUGUAUUGAUAAGAUGUACUUUUAAAAGAUGAUCCUCGUACACAGUCCAAAAAUUGCUUGGUAAAAAUUUGUAAUGUGAUUUUUAAAAUGAUUUAUAGCUUUUUACUCAUGAAGUGAUCCUCAAAUCAGGGGUAUUAUUGAUGUGAAUCAUAAAUAGUUGUCUGAAGCAUUUGAAUACUCGUUCAUUUCAUGAUCGAAAACUUAUUUUACCAGUAAAAUACCUGUAUAUUUCUACUAUUGCCUGAAAGUCCUUUUGCAUCCUUAUUAGUAUGCUUAUUUUUCUGGACAUUUUAUGCCGGAUAGUAAUUCGGUUGAUAUUCUAAGAUAUAGUACACUACCUUUAUAGUGUCAUAUUCAUUGAUAGGGUUCUUAAAAUUUCAAUACCGAUUACACUUACAAGUUAGGACGGAUCACUGACUAAAGGUUGGUGCACAUAUUUAAUGCCUUAAUAGGUUCUCUGUCAUAAAAUCUUGUAUCCAUACAAAAUGGGUCAAUGAAUAUGAAAAGGAUGAUAUUUUUAACAGGCAUUACAGUUUAAUGACAGUUGUGAAGCCAUUCCUAUUUUAUUGGACUCAGGUUUACUAAAUGUCAUCAUUUGGUCUUUUUAACGGAAUUCUGUUACGGCCUUAUCGUCCAAAAAGAUUUUUGUCCACCUAUUCAGAAUACUGUAAAUCUUGAAAUUAACACGAGCGUGAAUUAAAUGUGAUUGGUCUUUGCUCGCAUUUUUAAACAUCAUAUUUAAUUAAGGUGAGGAUUCUAAACCUGACUGAGGACAUCUUUAGAUAGAAAUCCACUGGUGCUUGAGAGGAGGGAGUGUCGCAUUCAUAUUGAGUUGCAUUUUGGGCUAGGCUCCAGUGGUCGCAUUCUUUUGGAGACGCAUUAAUUUCACGAUUUACAGUAUUGUCUACAUUGCAACAGUGGCAUGGCGAAGUGGAAACCAGUACAGACCCUUGUGGCUGCUGUAUCUAACAUUCUGCAGCUUAUUUGGAGCAGAAUGGUAAUUGCAUCAUUUCAGCUUCUUAAUAAUUAAAAUAUUUCCGACACAGGUGAAUAGUUCUCUGUGGCUACAUGGUCAAUUACAGAUUAAAUGUCAAAUCUUGACAUUACACAAAAUGUCGUAGUCAUCUGGACAUAACUUGUGUGCCUUUGCUUUUCAUCCUCUUCAGUACAAAUAUUUUAAACUUGUACAUUUAUUUGAUUUUUUUUAAAAUGCUUUGAAUAAAUAGCAUUGGAACAUGA